CCUAAGAAAAUAAUCUUAAAGAAAAAGCUUAAUCUAUUAUUAAUAGGGUUAUUUAUAGAUCUGACAUGGCCGCCUUGGGGUUCCUUAGCCCAGCUUCCUGAGUAUCUGGUGGACCAUACGGGCAAGACCACGGGGAUCGUUCCCCGUGACCAAAUCUGCUCCGCCUACGAAGCUCUCAUUGAAGUGUACCCGAGCUACCACCGGUCUCCCCCCCUUCUCUACACACUCCUCUCCGUUCCGCCACCCAGUGAUGCAGACACCGACAUUGCCUCUCACAAUGCGCGAACCAACGCCAUCCUCACUGCGCUCGGCCGCAAGACAGAGCCUCACUAUCAGGCCAAGGCGUCCAGCUCCCCGGGAAGCACGAGUCGCAAGAAGGCCCAGCAGGCGAUCGAUGCCUGGAGCAAACCUGCGGCUGUUCUGUUGAUUCCACAAGUCCAGAUUGUGUAUGACACCGAGGUUGUGGGUCCAGUCUUGGAGGGCAGAACCGUGCAGAAGGUGUUGAUGCGGGAGGAGAUGUGUGGGAAGAGGUGGGCACAGAAUGGCAAGAAUUGA